AUGCAAAUUUUAACAUCGAUUAACAAGAAUCAAACGGAAACUAACAAGAUAUCGGAAGAUGGCAGUUUACUAAAGGAACAUGUAAAAGAUCUUAAGACCGAGAUGGAUAGUCUUCGAUUCGAAAAUGAAAAAAUGAAGCGUAACAUAGAUAACUUGAUCAGUAAAUACAAUGACAAUGACAAACAAAUGGGAAAGUUAGACUCUGAAAUUAAAAACCUCCAAAGUACAAAACUAAUAGCUCCAGUUACCACAACAACUAUUAGUAACACAAUAGAAGAAACUGUAAUUAGUGAUGAAGAUGACAAUACUAGUUACAGUUCUGAUAGUUCAACUGAAUAA